AUGCCGAUCAUUCACAUCGUCCUGUUUGAAUUCUAUCCCGUCACGACCCACGCACAAGUUGAAGACGUCUGCACUCGCAUGCUCGCGCUCUCCCAGAAAUGCGUACAUCCCAUCACUCGCCAACCCUACGUCAAGUCUUACGGUGGCGGGAGAGAUAACAGUCCCGAGGGCUUACAAGGGGCCUUCACACAUGGUUUUGUAAGCGAGUUUCAGAACCAAGAAGAUCGGAAGUACUAUCUCGAACAAGAUCCGGAGCAUCUGGCUUUCGUGGCGACUUUGAAGAAUGUGGUGAUGAACGUGAGGGUGGUGGACUAUGAACCGGGCAAGUUUUGA